GAAUCGAUUUGCUUCGUCUUUUUUCCUUCUUCAGCGGCGGUUGUUGCUGUUGCUGCUGUUGUUGCGGCUCGUGAUCGAUGCAAAAAGUGGCCGUGCCUCAUUUUAAAUAAUUUAAAAAAAAGACAAAGAAAGGAACGGAAAAAAUAAAUUGUGAAAAUGAUGCAGGAAGUUAGCGAAAACGGAAACAACACAGAACAAUACCUUCGUGAAUUGACCAAGUCUUUUACUGGUUUAGAGAAACCAUUAAAAAAUGCCAAAUCACCAGCUACAUUGGACGAACUCAUUGCCGAACUACACGAAGUUUUCAAAUCAGAUCGAGUCAACAUUGAAUAUGUUAACCAUUUGAUGCUUAGCUACCGAUCCAAUCCAAUCGAAUGGAAAAAAUUCGCUAAAUUCGAUCGUUACAGAUAUACACGAAAUUUGGUUGAUGCAGGCAAUGGUAAAUUUAAUUUGAUGAUCAUAUGUUGGGGUGAAGGACAUGCAUCGGCCAUUCAUGAUCAUGCUGAUUCGCAUUGUUUUAUGAAAAUGUUACAGGGUGAAUUGCGUGAAAUUCGCUAUGCAUGGCCAAAUAAUGAAAUUGGCAAUAAUAUAGAAAUUAACACGUCAGCCGAUAUUUCGAGUAAAAUUGGAGACGAUUGCAACAAUGAAUACAAUGGCAGCGAACUACAAGAACUAUCUCGAGCUAUUAUGGAAACCAAUAGUGUUCACUAUAUAAAUGACACACUUGGAUUACAUCGCGUUGAAAAUCCCAGUCAUACGGACGGUGCUGUUUCAUUGCAUUUAUAUUGUCCACCAUACGAUGCGUGUUCAAUAUUUAAUCAAAAAACUGGAAAAAAGACUAGAUGUACGGUUGAAUUUUAUAGCAAAUACGGUCAACGACGAUUCAAGGACUCUGUCAUAACUGCUGAAGAUAAAUGAAUUUAUUAUUCAUCAUUUUUUUAACUCGAUGAACAUUCAUUGAUUGACGUAUUUUAUGGCUGAUAUGAUAAAAAGAAAAAAACCGAGGAGAAAAUAAAACAAAAGCAACCUUAUAAAUUUAUACGAUUUGGUUAAACUGAAUCAAAGUUAACCAAUCAUCCAGUGAAUGAUUUUUUUUAUGUUGUGCGUGUGUUUAUACGAUUAACUUGUUUGUCGAAUACUUGAAAUGAAAAAUGAAUAAACGCUUAGACUACAUUUAAAAUGAA